AUGGCAGAGUCGGUGUCCCCUUCGGCUCCUACACCCCCACCAUAUAAAGACCAGGUGCCUCGGGUCCCAGAGAUUGCCCCUUCAGUGGGACUUUAUCCGUUGAUUACUGAGACCGUGGUGGCCCGCCCGGGAGCGGAGGGGUGCCAGGCCACUACUAUGCUAGUUUACACCCAUGUGCCUUUCAACCCAGUGGACCUAGCAGCCUUUAAGGCACAGGCAGGAGAAUUUUCCACGAAUCCCAGCAAGUUCAUUUCGGUUUUUGAGGGAUGUUUUGCCAGCCAUAAGCCUGACUGGGAUGACUGUAAUAUCCUUAUGAGGACCCUGUUGUCUGAAGUGGAGAGGAAUCAGGUUAUAGCUAAGGCAAGGGAAGAAGCACAACUAAGACAUAAUCGGGAUCCGGCUAAUAUUGCCACUCCUGCCAAUAUGGUCCCCCUAGCAGAUCCUGGGUGGAAUCCUAAUAAUCACAGGGAUCGGACCCACCUCACCGUGUACAAGGAGCUGCUCUUGCUCGGACUCCGACGCUCAGCUGUUCGCCAUAACAAUUGGGCCAAACCUUACGAGCUCAUACAGGAGCCUAAGGAAAGUCCGGUCGCUUUUCUGCAGCGCAUCCAGGAUGCCAUUCGGCAAAACACUAACGCAGACCCUGAUAAUGCAGCAACUGAGGCAAUUAUAAAGGGUAUUUUUACCAGCCGUGCAGCCCCUGACAUUAAAAAGAAAUUGCAGAAAAAGGAGGAUUUGAUGGGCAUGUCUGUGGCACAGAUUUUGGAAACUGCAAACAAGGUUUACAGCCUCAGGGAGGGAGAGAAGGAAAAGAGGCAAGUGAAGAUGAUGGUUGCAGCAGUUCAGGCUGGUGACAAGAGAAAGUUUCAGGAAAGAGGUGCCACCCUGCAUUUCACCCAAGAUGAAAUCACCCUCACCUUGCCCCCAGAAAAUGCCUGGAUAAUGACCCUUACAGUUGAGCCCUCAGCCAUGCAAGCCCCAGAGUGGAGCCAGUGGGAGGACCAGGUUUUUCCUCUAGUAUGGGCAUUGGGGGUCCCAGGAAAGGCAGCACAUCACACCCCCAUUAAGGUUCAGCUCCUGCCAGGAAAAGGUCCGGUGCGAAUCAAGCAGUAUCCGAUCAAGAGGGAAGCCAGAGAAGGGCUGCAGGAAACUAUAAAUCAGUUUCUGAAGUACGGGGUACUGCGAGAAUGCCAGUCAGCCUGGAACACCCCCAUCCUGCCUGUUCGAAAGCCCAAUGGCACCUAUCGGCUGGUCCAGGACCUGAGGGCAGUCAAUGAACGGGUUAAGACUCUGCACCCCCUUGUUCCAAACCCGUAUACAUUGUUGGCAUCUAUAGGGGGGCAGUACACCCACUUUUCGGUCCUAGACCUGAAAGAUGCUUUCUUCACAAUUCCGGUCGACACACAAUCUCAGGAGAUUUUCUCCUUCGAGUGGGAAGACGAGAAAAGGGUUAAAAAACAGCUUUGCUGGACUGUUUUAGCUCAGGGGUUUAAAAACUCCCCCACCCUUUUCGGCCAGGCUCUGGCCAAAGACCUGGAGGAGUGGAAUACUCCCGACGACGGGAUCCUCCUCUUGCAGUAUGUAGAUGACUUGUUAAUUGCGGCUGUGGGAUUAACCCCUUGCCUCCACGCCACUGUGAGCCUCCUGAACUUUGUUGGGCUCCGAGGAUACCGGGUAGCUCGGAGCAAGGCUCAGAUUGCCCUCUCAGAAGUACAGUACUUAGGAUUUCACAUAAGACAGGGGGAAAGACAGCUCUCAGAUGAAAGGAAGGAGGCAAUCUGUCAAAUUCCUGUCCCAAGCAAUCGUAAACGGCUCAGGGCUUUUCUGGGCAUGGCAGGCUUUUGCAGAAUAUGGAUCCCAGAGUUCGGACUGUGGGCUAAGCCCUUGUAUGAAUGUGUUAAGGGAAUGGAUCACGACCCCUUUCACUGGACCUCAGAAGCCGACAAGGCAUUUAAAGUGUUAAAGAGAAAGCUAAUGGAAGCCCCGGCACUCGGUCUACCAGACCUCUUUAAGCUGUUUCAACUGUAUGUGCAUGAAAGAAAGGGAGUGGCUCUAGGGGUGCUUACUCAGCUACUAGGCAACUGGAAACGUCCUGUGGCAUAUUUCUCUAAUCAGCUGGAUCAAGUUGCCAAGGGGUGGCCAGCAUGUUUGCGGGCGGUCGCUGCAACUGCCCUGGUGCUUGGGGAAGCAAAGAAGCUAACAUUGGGGGGGACUGUGCAGGUGUAUACCCCUCACAUGGUUCAAGCCCUGCUGGACACUAAGGGUGGUCUCUGGCUCACGCAGGCUCGGGUAGCUCGGUACCAGGCUAAACUCCUAGAAAAUCCUGAAGUUACCCUGCAGACCUGCCCCUCUCUUAACCCAGCCACUAUGUUGCCAGAAACAGAGGAGCAGGAACACGACUGUUUAGAAAUCAUAAAUGCCCAGUACUCCAGCCGUCCGGACUUAAAAGAUCAGCUACUCCCCAAUGCAGACUAUGAGUGGUACACUGACGGCAGCAGCCUUGUUACAGACGGGCAAAGGAGGGCGGGCUAUGCUGUUGUAACUCUCCACGAAACUGUGGAAGCAGAGGGUUUGCCUGCCGGAACAUCUGCCCAGCUGGCUGAAUUGGUAGCUUUAACCCGUGCACUCAAACUGUCAAAAGGAAAAACAGUUAACAUUUUUACUGAUUCCAGAUAUGCCUUUGGAGUGCUACAUGCUCAUGCAGGUCUCUGGAAGCAGAAAGGAAUGCUUACAGCUCAAGGGUCGCCGGUCAAGCAUGGGACACAGAUUCUCCGGCUUCUGGAAGUGGUACAGCUCCCCUCAGAGGUAGCAGUGGUGCACUGCAAAGCCCAUCAAAGAGAAGACCAGGACGUAGCCAAGGGCAACGCCAGGGCUGACAGGGAAGCCAAGCGGGCUGCCACCCUGGAACCAUUGGAAGCUGAGGAGGCCCAUGUGCAUGCCCUCAUCCCAUCAGUGGGCCAUGUUUCAAUGGCUUCCACCUUUUAA